GCCACCCUGUUGCUUCCCUUUUCUAUGCUGAUGAUGCCGUCAUCUUAUCCAGAACAGCUGCGGAUCUAGCAAAUGCAGUUAAUGCAUUUAUCGCCUAUUGUAAGGUGGAAGCUCUUAAUAUUAAUUAUAAAAAAUCGAAAGUCCUCCACUUCACUCGUUCCCGCAAACUCAAGUUGGAGCCGCUUAAGAUCACAGGUGGCUACUUAGAAAAGGUAAAAGCCUUUAAAUAUCUAGGAUUAAUAUUCACCUAUAAUCUCUCCUGGACCACCCAUCUACAAUCUGCCUUUCUCGCUGCAACCACGACCUCUAACGCCAUUGUCCGAUUUUACCACCAGAAGGGCGGCAAACACCUUCCAGCAGCAAUCCAAAUAUUUAAUGCCAAAGUCGUCCCUAAAUUAUUAUAUGGAUGUGAAGUAUGGACUACAGCAAUAUCAGGUAACCUGGAUCGUCCACUUCAUAUGUUUCUGAGAUCUCUUUCCAGCGUCCCGAGAUGUGUCUCAGGUGCAGCCCUCACGACUCGAGUUCGCCCAGCCUUCAGUUGCUAG